GAAGGCGCAACAGUUCAACGACGCCGCCGGACCGGUGUUCCAGCGCUAUAUAGAGCUCCUACAAGUCCUCAUUGCCCAGAAGCAGGACAGAAUCAAAGACGUGCCCGUUGUUCGCUCCCGGCGAGAGGACCCGGUCGCGCAGUUGAAAGCCGUGGUAGACGUCAACCCUUUCCAGUAUAAUACUGUUGAAGCGCGGAGCAAAGCCUUCGCUUCCGCGGUGAAGUUGUAUUCGAAAAAGAAACUAUCUCCGACGAAGUUAGAGAAGGAAGGACGGGCGUUGGAACGCCGCGUUAAGAGUCGUCUCGAUCAGCUUCCGAAGCUUCUGGAGAACUAUGAUCCAGGGAACGCCGGGGACUCGUUGAAGGAAUACAUGGAGGUGCUGCAGAAAAUCCCCGAAUUGAAGGAUAACGGGGAGAAGAUUGUUCGGCCGUCGUCUCGGGUGUCCAGAGCGCCCGCGCUGCGAAUGAAGCCGGCGACGGAGGGGGUGCAUGCAUGCACAGCGUGUAUGUUUUCCUUCGAGUCGGCGGAGUUGUUGGCGUUGCACACGCGGGGCCAUGACGCCGCCGCCGUGGAGGAGGGCGGCGCCACCGCGUGUCCGGGGUGUCAGGAGGAGUGCGGAUCGAUGACAGCGCUGAUCGCCCAUGUGGCUGAGCACCGCAAGGCCUACCGUCCGCGGCAGCAGUGUCCCGAUUGUGGGCUGUAUGUCAGCGUGAAAUUCUUCGAUCAACAUAUCAAAACGUUGCAUCCCGAGAAGUCAGAUGAUCCGGCAGCGACAUUUACCUGCGGAGAGUGUAAAAAAGAGUUCGGCGCACAAAAACAGCUGUGGGCUCAUGAACAGAUCCACCGCUCCAAGAGCUGCCUGUUCUGCGCCCAGCUGUUCCCCUCCUGGCGACACCUCAGUCAGCACGUAGCGCAGCACAAACAGUCCGAAGGUUUCCCGUGCCUCCACUGCGCCAAAACCUGCGACAGCUACGCCGUCCUGAGCCGGCACUGCCGCGCCCAGCACGACGCUAAAGCGGUAUGCAUCUGUGAGAUCUGCGGCGCUAUUAAACGCAACCACGGUGCCCUGCGGCACCACAUGCUCAACCACGCCAACACCUUCCGCCACCCCUGCGACCUGUGCGGCAAGGGCUUCAAGACCACCACCACGCUGCGCACGCACCAGCGCUGGAAGCACAGCACGGAGCUGAAGGAGAAGCAUAAGCAGCACAAGCAGAAACAGAGCGGGGUGCCCCGGGACUACCUGAAUCCGCGGCAGCGCAUGCGCUUCGAGGAGUUCAAGUUCCGCUGCGAGGAGUGCCGGUUCGGGUUCCUGACGGAAGGGCGCUGGUUGCGGCAUAAGGAGAAGUUCCAUUACGAAGAGUGACGGUGCCUGUCUAGUGAAGUUGUAGUUUUUUUGGCCGUAUUUCUAUCCAUGCAGCUGCAUUUGUUUGUUGUUGCACCCGCAUUCUCUUACCUCGCUCAUUAAAAAUUGUUGUUGUGUAAAUUUCACAAUUUUCUACUGCGGUUGGUUGUGGUUUAUGGUUUUUUUUCCCGUGCGCUCAAUGCCGAUCAUGAUGUCGUCUGUCGUGAUUUUCAUCUGUUGGAUGUGUAUUGUACCAGAGGUCGCUUUGUCAAGUGUUGGCACUUUACACCAACACACUUGCCUGAUAAAAAUA